UCAGCAGAUUCAAUUCAGUUGAGUUUCAUCUGCCAAACAAGCUAUAAAGGAUACUCAAUUUAAAAAAAAUAAAUAAAUUUAAUAAAAAAAGAAAUAAACUAAGAAUUAAUAAAAUUUAGAACUUUAUUAAAUAUUAGUUUAAGUUUAGUAUUAAAAAGAAACCAAAUAAAAAAAGUCAUUUAAAAACGGAAAUAAAUUUCCAAAAAAAAAAAAAUUUGUUGAGAAAAUAAAAGAAAACUAAGAAAUUUUGUACGUGUUACGGAUACGUUAAGAAAAUACAAAAAUGAAAUAAAAAACACACAUACAAACAACAACAAUAAGAAACAUCAGCAGCAGCAGCAAUUUUAAAUAAGAGAUCAAACUACAAACGCAACUUAAGGUUUACAAUUUGAGUACAUCCAGCAAUCAUUAAGUGUGCGCUCGUGAACGUAGAUACAACAAAACGGAACAAAAAAGAUUUUUUUUUUAAAUUUCGUGGUGUUUAAAAUAUAAAAGAAAAUAUUUUUAAAAAAUAAAAAAAUAACGGAGCAUCUUAAAGAAAAAAAUAUUAAAUUUAUUUUAAAUAAAAAAUAUAUAUUGCUCAUUUUAAAUUUAAAUAAAAGAAAUUCUAAAGCAUUGCAAAAUAAAAUGGUGCAAUAGUGUUAAUAUUUUUCAAAAAAAAAUAAAAAUUAUAAAUAUUAUUAAAAAAAAACAAAAAUAAUAAUAAAAUAUCUACUACCUCAAAGCCAUACACUAACGGAUUAUUACACAUCUACAAAAUGUUGCAUAAAAUUUUUAUUAAACUGUGAUUUUUUCCAAAAAAAUAUUUAAAGUGAAAAAGUUUCCUGUUUUUUUUUCUAAAGAAAUUUUCUAAGAAAAAACUUAAACCUCUAAACAACGCAAUUUUUAAAAGCUAAAAACUUUAGAAACCUAAAACCUUAAAACAACGAAAUUAACAAAAUGUUAGUCGCCACAAAUGCCCAACAAACUGCCCAAAACAGUCCUAAAACCACAAGAUCGAAUACACCCAUUAAAAUGGAAAGACGUGAUUCUUCAUCUUCAUAUUCGUCCUUGGAAGAUUUGGAACAUGAGGGUAAAAAAUUGAAUGCUGUUACCUCAACGCCGGUGGUGACAAGUGAUGCUACAAUUUCUUGUGCUGUUAACUCUAUGACAAGAUCUAAUCAGAGAACGGAAACGGAUAAUAAUCUGCAUCAACGUAUGCAAGAAUCCGAUGAGGCUAAUGAUUAUGAUGAAGAUGAAUCGGCUGAUGAGAAAUCUUCUCAGCCACGUCAGCAAUUACACUAUAAACGCCGUUUAAGCGGUCGCAGUCUUACAGAUAAAACUGCCAGUGUCUUGCUGGAGUAUAAUGCUGAUAAUCCCAAUUCUUUACGCAAGAAAUUCCGUUUUAAUCGCUUUGUCCUCAACAAUGGUGAUGAAUCGGGUUUUGUUGAUACCAGCAAUAAUAGCCAAAUGUUGAAUAACUCAUCUUCAACUUUGGCUGCUGCCGCCACAAAUCUGACAAACUCAAAUAGUGUUGUAAAAUCAAAUAGUUCUUCGGAAACCUCUUCGCCACCCCAAAGUAAUGGUAAUUCUAGUCCAGAAUCGGGCAUAGGAGAACGUGAGGAUAUGAAAUAUAUGUGUCCCAUCUGUGAUGCCGUCUCACAAACAGCCCAUCAAUUUACAAAUCAUAUACGUUGUCACAAUUACGCCUCAGGUCACACGGAGAACUUUACCUGCCGUAUUUGCUCUAAGGUGCUCUCAUCGGCCUCAUCAUUGGAUCGUCAUGUUCUAGUGCAUACGGGAGAACGACCAUUUAAUUGUAAAUAUUGUCAUCUCACAUUUACCACAAAUGGGAAUAUGCAUCGUCAUAUGCGCACCCAUAAACAGCAUCAGCAUACUCAUCAUCGACGUAACUCGAAUGGAACAAAGUUCAACACAAACAAUAAUAAUAAUUAUAAUAACAACACAACAACGAAUCCCGCUGUAAGCAAAACAACAUUAAGCAAUGGACAAUUAAGUGAAGGCGUUAAAUUAUCAACAACAACAACAGCAGCAGACACAACGACAUCGUCAACAACAGUCACAAGCAUAGCAGCGCCAACAUCGCCGGUAACAGCAGCAGCAACAACAGCCACAAACACUGCUAAUGCUGCUGACAAUGAUUGUAAUCAAAAGGCAACAGGUGCUAAUGGCAAACGAUUAAAUGGUAACGCUAACUUAGAAAGUUAUGAAAGUGAUGGUGGCUGCUCAUCAGACUCAUCAGCAGGCCAUGUCAGCAACAACAAUAAUAACAACAAUGACAACCAAAAUAAUAAUAAUAACAAUAAUGAUUUAAAAAUUAACAAUAACUAUAAACGUAAACAUAGUGAAGAUCACCCUCAUCAAGAUGUAGUAGAUGCUAUGGAAAGCAAUCAUCAUGAUCUCUUAAAGCGACGUUUAAGACUCGAAACCAACAACAACAAUAACAACAGCGAUACCACAAACUCACCUGCCAACACCAAUGAACAGAAUAAUGAUCUUAUUAGCCGAAUAACUAGAGAAUCAGUUGUUUGUCCCGUUUGCAAUGAGAGUGAUUUUUCGGAUAAUAUGGCUCUUGAUCAGCAUAUGGAUAGUAAACAUCCGGAAAUACCAGCCAAAUGUAAAAACUGUGAUGUUUUAUUCCGUACCCAUCAUCAGCUCAAUAUACAUCCCUGUACGGCCGAUAUUAAGGGAUCCAUUAAUUUAUCUGUUAAACAGCGUCGUUUAAGUGAAAGUUCAAAUCAUCAUAACGAAGAAGAAGAUCGUGAGGAAACCGAAGAUCAUCUAAGGCAACGUCAUGAACUUUUUCAGCAUUUUAAAAAUGCCAUGGCUCAUAGCAAUUCCCACUCGUCACAUUUUAAUCAAGAUUUAACGGAGGAUGAUAUUAAAUCGGAACCUUCGGCUCAUGAUUCUAAGGAUUUGGCUGACAUUCAAUCGAUCUUGAACAUGACCGCCUCUUCAAGUAAUUCAAAUUUACUGAGAAAUUUUGAGCAAUCGGUAAAUACACCAUCCUCGCAAUAUAGUUAUGACAGGGAUGAAGAGGAGGCUCAAGAUGCUUUCACUUCGGAAUUCCGUAAAAUGAAAUUGCGUGGUGAAUUUCCCUGCAAAUUGUGUCCCGCAGUAUAUCCAAAUUUGCGAGCUCUAAAAGGACACAAUCGUGUACAUUUGAGUGAAGCCGGUCCCGCAGGUCCUUUCCGCUGCAACAUGUGCCCCUAUUCAAUAUGUGACAAAGCCGCCUUAAUACGUCAUAUGCGUACACAUAAUGGCGAUCGUCCCUAUGAGUGUGCAGUUUGCAAUUAUGCCUUUACCACAAAAGCCAAUUGUGAAAGACAUUUACGUAAUCGUCAUGCCAAAACGACUCGAGAGGAAGUUAAACGUGCCAUUAUUUAUCAUCCCUCAGAAGAUUCAUCCUGUGAUGAUACCAACAAAAAAUUGCAUAUGUUUUCAUCCGAAUUGGAUGAUGAUUGUGAUUUAAUGUCAUACCAUCAGCAUCAGCCCAAAGAUCGUUCAACUCCUGUAUCUCAUCUCAAGGAGAGACUGACUUUGGGUGAAAGUCCUUCAUCGAAACCAGUUAAGAUUCAGGUGAAAAAUCUUGAAGAUCUUUUAGAUAAAUCAACAGCUUCUUCGGGAUAUCAUGAUAGCUAUGACAAACGUAAUGUUGAUACAUCGCAAGCUCCAAUUGAUAUGAGUAUGGAUGUUUUGGAUUUGAGUAAAAAACCCAGUGCACCACAGCCACCAGUCCAAGAAGAAAAGAUUGAAUCUUCUUUACCUUUGCUCUCGUUGCCCAAACAAGAUGCCAACCUUAAUACUGAAGUGAUUACCAACAAAGUCAUUCCUUCUGAAGUUGAUCCAAAAUUAGAUGUUACUGCCUUGGAUAAACAGCACCAGCAGUUACUUUUGGCCCAGCAGCAGUUACUCAGUGAUCCUAAUCAAUUAAUGCAGCAAUUAUAUAGAAAUCUUCUAUUUCCUCAAUUUCCUCCAUUCUUUAUGCCCAACACUUUUAUGAAUAAUAACUUCACUGACUUUCAAAAACUGGCUCCCAUUCUAACACGUAUGAUGGGUGGAGUAGCAGCAGCAACUUUGCCAAACAACGAUCUAGAAAAGCCAUCAAAUUUGACACCUCUCAACACCAAUAACUCACCAAGCAUGCCACAAAUGAGUCCGUUAUUAACUGAAAAAUCAAAUCCAUCUACUAUGGCUUCAAUGUCAUCACCCAAGAGUCUACAUUCACCAAAUCCUAAUCAUGUAUCUAUGCCCAGACAUAUGAUGGCUCCAGCCGCAUCUUCACAUUCCCCAAAUCUGCCACCCACCAUGCUAUCUAAUGGUCCUAUCAAAAUGGUGCUCAAAAAUGGUGUGUUCAUGCCCAAACAAAAACAAAGACGUUAUCGUACCGAACGUCCUUUUGCCUGUGAACAUUGUUCGGCUCGUUUUACUUUGCGCUCCAAUAUGGAACGUCAUGUCAAACAACAACAUCCCCAAUACUAUGCUCAACGUCAACGUAGUGGUCACCAUGUUAUGCGUGGUCGUGGUGCUAGCAGCGCUGCUAAUAUGAACAAUAUCACUCAUUUACAAGCUGCCGUUGCCCAGGCUCAUUAUGGCUCUACACCUCCCUCGAUGAGUUCCCAUUCUCCAAUUUCGGAACAGGUUAAAUGUGCCAUUUUAGCGCAGCAACUUAAGGCUCGCAAAGAUACCGAUUUGCUACAACAAGCCUUAGCUCAUGGCUCCAACAGUGUAGCCAACUCAAAUAUGUUUUCUCAACAAGGACCCAACCUAAGCAAUGGACAACCACCUUUUUUUGGUUUCAAUCCUCAUCAUAAUCAUCAUCUAAGUCAAAAUGGUACACCUAAUGGUUCAAUGGAAGAUGAUGAACCCAAGCUAAUAAUUGAUGAAGAUGAUGAAGAGGAGGAAGAAGAUGAAGAUGACGUUGAGGAAAUUCACGAUGAUCAGGAUGAAGAGGAAGAACAAGAUUUGGUGAUAAAUGAAAGCGAAGAUAAAAUAGAAACACGCCAUUUACCAACUACUGUUGAAGAGGUAAAACUCAAAGCGGAUCCUCCUCAAGAAUCGGCUAAAAAAGUGGCUGAAUCUAUUUUGGAACAAGCCAUUAAAGCAAGAACUGUAAGCUCAUUUGCUAAAACAACAGAUUCUGCUACGGUGACCUCCAAUAACAAUACUAUGAAAUCGAUGAUUGCUCAAGCUCCAGCAGUGGGAAAAUUUUUAAAAGAAGUGGCAAGUUCUUCAUUUAAAGAUGAAUCUCAAGACUUGGUCUCUGUUUCCGAAUUAGUCGAUAAUGCCACCAAUAAUUCAGUGUCAUUCAAUAACUAUUUCCGUCCUUCCGAUGUGGCCAACCAUAUGGAACCAAGCGAUGAAGAUGGUUUAGUGGCAUCCUCAGCCAGUGAAAGUAAUAAUUCGGGAGCCGAAGACACUGUAUGCACUGAAAAACCCAAAAAGAAGUCAGCUUACAGUUUGGCACCCAAUCGGGUACAUUGUCCCUACUGUCAACGUAUGUUCCCCUGGUCCAGUUCCUUGAGAAGACAUAUUCUCACUCAUACCGGACAGAAGCCCUUCAAAUGCUCUCACUGCCCACUUUUGUUUACCACUAAAAGUAAUUGUGAUCGUCAUCUUUUGCGCAAACACGGAGAUGUAGAAUCCGCCGUAUCGGUAUAUGUACCAACCGAAGAUGUUUCCGAACCUAUUCCUUUACCCAAGUCUGUGGAAGAGAUAGAGAGAAUGCAAAGAGAACGCGAAGAAGAGGAACGCAAACGUAAAGCUGAAGAACAAAGAGAACGUUUAGAGAAAGAGCAAUUGGAAAAACAAAAGUUUGAACAGGAACAGCAACAAAAACAAGCAUUCCUUAAGCAUUUGGCUGUCGCACAAUUUCAACAGCAAUUUAACCAAAAAACCGAAACCAAUGCAGUUUCCUCUUCAGAACUACCCUAUAAAUGCCACUUGUGCGAAAGUUCAUUUGCGGAACGCUUACAAUGUCUAGAACAUAUUAAAUCUUUACAUGCACAAGAAUUUGCUUUACUGCUAUCAAAGGGUGCCAUUGAAAAUGAAACUGACUCAGCUCAAAUGACUUCAACCGAAGAAGAUGAACGUCAACGCUCUACCGAAGAUGGUGCCAAGGGUGGCAAGUAUCCCGACUAUAGUAACCGUAAAGUCAUUUGUGCCUUUUGCAUGAGACGUUUCUGGUCUACCGAAGAUCUACGACGACAUAUGCGCACUCAUUCCGGUGAAAGACCAUUCCAAUGCGAAAUCUGUUUCAGAAAAUUCACCCUUAAACACAGCAUGCUUCGCCACAUGAAGAAACACAAUGGUCUACACAUAAAUGGCAGUCAGUCGAACAAUGAUAAUUUGGCCAAUGGCAAUUCCGGCUCUGAUUACUCCGAUGAUGAACAAAGUCCAAACACAAUGCCUACACCAGCAAUGCCAUUGCCCAGUACCAGCAUUAAUGCACUCUUAAUGGGUUCAAAAUUCCAAGAACUGCUAAGCAAAGCUAACGAAUGGAGAAAUGGUAAUUUGAAUGCAUUGCGUGAAGGUAAAGAAAACAAUGCAGAGGAAACAAAUACACCUCAAACAUCAGAUUUAAUUGGUAAUUUGUUGGGUAUCAGCGAUCAGGGUAUUUUGAACAAAUUAAUGUCAUCACCGGAUGAAGCUGCCAAAUUUCUGGGUGUUGACAAGUAAACUAAAGAUUAGUUCUUUGUAUUUUUAUCUCAGUCAAUAGGACCCAAGUCGUAAUAUGGUGCCUGCUAAAAGAAUUGGAAUUAUUUUCUUUUAAAGCUAACAACUUGUUGGGACUUGAUUAAAUGAGAUUCAUCAUCUCGAAUCUGCUCAGAUAUUACUUAAGUAAUUCUCUCUCUCUCUCCUUCUCCCUAACUAACUUUCUCUAAUGAAAACGCUGUCUCGCUCUAGUCAAUUGCUUAAUUACUCUUCAUAAAAUGGAAAGAAAACGUUCUAUUGAACAGUUCUUAAAAUGAAUUAAUUCAUCAAACAAAAAAAAAGACAUGAUUUAACAAAAACCAAAGCUAAAAACAAUUAUUUAGACUUAAUAUUGAAUAAGUUAGUUUUAAUUAUCAUACUAGUAUUCAUAGUCCUAAAUAAUCAUAAACAAAAUUAGUUGUAAUUUAUUAUUAUAAAAAAAGAAACAAAGAAUUCAAUUUUAAAAUCGUUGUGAACAAAUAUUGAAGAAACAAUGAAAAUCGGUGCAACCGCUUUAAUAGUUUAUAAAAACAAAACAUUUUAUUAUUUAAAAAAAAAAGCAAAAAUAAAAAACAAAAGACUUUUUCUUAAAAAAAAAAAACAAAAUCAAAAUAUAACAAAUAGUGUUACAUUUAAAAUGCUUACAAUUUUCAAAUACCAAGACUUACAAACUUAAGUACUUAAACAUACAUAUUUAGCAAAAUGCCUUAAAAUGGUAUUACAAAUAUAUACAAAAACAAAAAUCCCCAUUAAAAAAUAAUUUUAAUUUUUUUAGCUCAUAGUUUAGUUUAAAUAAUUGUAAUUUUGUAGUUUUAAUUAAAUAUUUAGUGAUUAGAUAUUGAAACCUGUA